CUUUCAUGGAGGGACUACGGUAUAAAGUUACAACCAGAAACAUGAGAACAUCGACGGAGAGAAAGGCAAGAUCAGUCUCAGACAAUCUUCGUAACUGUUCUUAAUGUUCCACAUCUGUCUUCUCCAUUCCCUAACACUCUCAAUCUCUCUCCGUUACGCCGUGGGAUAACAGUCUUAUCAUGCGCACUUGAUCCUUGUAUUGCUAUUAUUUUCAAAUGGCGAACUUGAAAUCUGAUUCUCCCGUCUGUCGUCGAAUCGUCCUUGCCUUUUUGGAUUUCCUCAAAUCAGUUGAACCUGCUCCUGGUGUUGAUCUUGAAGGUCUUGAGGUUGUUAGAGAGUGCUUGGAAGAGGCUUUUAAGCUCAAUCCAUCUUCCACUGAUGACCAGAUACAACCUGGUUUGUUGGUUAACUUAUUCAAUUCAAUGGAUGAAAAUAAGCACCUUGAGUUUAAAUUGGAUCAGGAUCAUUCUGCAAUUCCACUUGACACACCUAGUACAUCCUCAGCUCCCAAUGCAGCAGAUGUACAUAUUCCGGAAGCAUCAAAACCACUGAAAAAGGCUUUGACUGGAGAACCUGACUCAUUUGGGAUUUCAAAGGAUGAACUGUUUGGGCAAUUCUUUAGUGCACUUGAGAAAAUUAGGUUCUUUAAGACAACACCUGAUGGAGGUGAUGAUCAGGUCCAACUAGAUAGGGCAACACGUAUGUUUCAUGAUGCUCUAGAGGAAAUGGAAAGAGCUGGAUGCCAGAUUGUUAAUCAGAAGACCCUGGCUGAGACUUUAAAAUCCCAAGGCAACCGGGCAAUGCAGUCAAAUUCAUACUCUGAAGCAAUUGAGCUCUACACUUGUGCAAUUGCUCUUUCUGAGAAUGCUGUAUACUACUGUAACAGGGCAGCUGCUUACACCCAGAUCCAAAAAUAUACUGAAGCAAUUGAAGAUUGUCUUAAGUCCAUUGAAAUUGACCCCAAUUAUGGCAAGGCAUACAGUCGUCUUGGCCUUGCUUAUUACGCACAAGGGAAUUAUAGUGAUGCCAUCAACAAGGGAUUUAUGAAAGCCUUACAGUUGGAUCCAAACAGUGAUUCCAUAAGAGAAAAUAUCCGGGUGGCUGAACAAAAACUGAAGGAAGAGAUGCAACGUUCUGGAAAUGGUCAGAAUGCAGGUUCAACAAGUCAUAAUCACCAAGACUCAGAUAACCAGUCCACAGGAGCAUCUAGGAGCCGAAAUGCAUCAUCACCAUUCACAUCAAUACCUUUCAAUGCAGCUGGCCUUCCCACAGAUUUUGCAAACGUUCUCAUGAAUAUGGCUACAACUGCAUAUCAGCAGGGCCGGCAGACCCAAGACAGAUCACAUGAUGGAAACAACACAGAUGGGUCUCAUGAGCCUGAAAUAAGAAUAGGUGGUAACAUAAGCAUGAAUUUCGGAGAUGAAGUACCGGUGGACCUAACAGGUGCUUGGAGAUCUGUGAUGGAGAUGUUCUCAGGGGCAUCACCCCAUGAUCAUCCUCAGGGAAAUAUGAAUAGUGGACCAGCACCAAAUUAAUACAAUGGAUACUGAUACACUGUACAAAAGAAUAGAUUGUACUAUACUUGCAUUGUUCAUUUUCCCUCCCUAAAUGGAUAUGAAUCAAAUUCUCUAAUCAAUGAAGACGGGCUGAAACAUUAGGUUAGCUCUUCACUAGUAAUUAUGUUCGUCUUUCUGUUCCUAGUUGGGCUACUAAGCCAUGACUAGCGAGGAGAGAGAGAAAGAGAGAGAGAGAGAGAGAGAGAGAUUUUGAACUUGCAUCAAGGACCCCUAGGAUAAUCCAUCCACCCAAUAUCAACUAUAAUGUUUUUUUGGUCUCUUUGAGCCACCAGUCAACAUUUCCAUUAUAUGACCUGUUU